UUGAUAUGCCUUACGAAUAUUUCAAUAGAGAUGAACAAAGAUUAAUUACUAAAGAUUAUAAAUCAUUAGAAAAAUUAUUCAAAAUCAAAUAUAAAAAUGCUGAUGAUCCACCUGAUAAUAUGAAACCUCUCAGGAAGGAGACUAUACAAGAAUAUUAUAAUGAUGGAAAAUUUUUGGAUUUAUUCGAAAUUUGCUUGAACACAGAUUUAAAUUUGAGAACCGAUCAAAUUUGGGAAUAUGGAGUGCAAUCUCUGAUCAAACUAAAAUAUGUGUAUCUAGCUAAAUCUUGGUCUAUGCAAUAUUUUAUUAGCACUAAGCACGAGGAAUUCAAUAUUGAAAUGCUUUUAAUUUGGCAAAAUAUUAUUAUAGAAACUAAUUUAUUACCAUUGACUAAAGGUUUGGACAUCGAUAUUAGAACUAGCAUCAAGGGCAAAGGAAUAUAUGCCAAAGAGGGUAUACUAACUAAAGGAAGCACCAUACUUCGCGAAAUUCCGUUUGUUAGCUGUCCAAAUUUAAAUAAUCCCUCUAUUGAAACAUAUUGUUCCUAUUGUUCAAAAUCUAUUUUAAAAUGUGAAAAAUAUUAUGGGGAUAUUUGGGGAACACUAGAUGAAGAUGAAAGAUUCAUAUUACAGGCCUAUUGGCCGAGCGUUAAAUAUGUAAAAUGUGAUUAUUGCUCAUGGGAAUAUUACUGCUCACAAGAUUGCAAACGAUUAAGUUGGCAGAAUUACCACCAAUUCAUAUGUCCUGGAAAAGGAAAUGAUUCCGUUCAACUUUAUGAUUUAUGCUCCAAAUCCUAUGACGAUAUUGAUAAAAAACUUUGGAACGCCAUGUUUAGUCCUAUGUUAAUCGUUAAACUUAUCAUAUUAUCGUUAAAAGAACUAACUACGAACCCUGAAAAGAACUCACUGAAAUCUAUUAAUUUAGGUCAACACGUUUUAUAUAGACAAUUAUUGACAUUUUCAGGAUCUAAAUACACUCUUCCUCGCGAUAAAAACUCAUUCGUGAAUAUACAUGCCAUAGUGUGUAAAUCGUUAUCUUCGUAUGGCGACUCAAAAUUAAUUAUAGCAACCCUCUCGUUGAAUGAUUUUGCGUUGAUAUAUCAUAAAGUAGCUAACAACGUGCAGAGCUUUAAUUCGACGAUUUACAACUCAACUCUUUACAAUAACUUCCUGAAGAACUUGAGAUCUAACAAUAGUCAUUUGGCUCAUUUUUCCCGGCUUAUAGGCAAACCAAUCUCGACCAAUUGUUCUGACCAAACAUUUUGCGGUUUAUUUAAGCUUCACGCUUGUUUGAAUCAUGAUUGCAACGCUAAUGCCACCGUAGAAGAUUUAGUAGCCUUAAAAUGCGAUAAUAAAAUGCGCGAGGGAGAGGGAAGUGAUGAGGGUUUCGGAGUCCUUGUUAGGUGUCGUAAACCUAUAAUGGCUGGAGAGGAAAUUACUAUACAGUAUAUUGAUAAUGAAUUACCCAAAGGUUUGCGGAGAACAUGGCUGAGUAGGGCCUACGAUUUCGAUUGUCAAUGCUUAACUUGCCAAUUUGAAGGUGACAAAAACAUCUGCGCUAAUUGUGACAAACGAGCCUAUAUCGACAUUGCCUCGAACGAUGGGUCAUCGUUAGAAAGCCAUAAAAAUGUGACCAUGUUUAAAAGGUGUGGGCAAUGUUUAAGGGCAUGGUAUUGUAGUAAAGAGUGCCAAAAAUUACAUUGGAAUGCAGGACACAAAACUAUAUGCCGGAAACUAGAAAGUAAAACUACAUCUAUUGACGACGGUAAUAAUGUACUAAUGAGUAAUGAUAACAUUAAAAUCGCUUUACCAAAUUGAUAAAUUUUUAUAUUUUAUUUUAAAUAUAUAUUGAUACGGAUGCUAUAAUUUUAUUAAUCUGUUUGAAAAAAUAUAUAUUUUGAAAUUGAAACAACUAAU